AUGGCCGACGCAGACCUCCAAGACCGCUUCUCCCCCAACAAGCCGCUUGAGCCCGAUGUUCUCAGCGAGCUCCAGUCCAUCAUGCGUCUCCACAGCCUCUCACCCGAGGAUCUCUUCUUCAAGUGGGAGUCGUACUGCAUCAAGCUGGAUACCGACGCUCAGAUCGUGACGCUCGAGGGACUGCGUAAUCUCAAGCAGAGCAUCCAGGAUGAGCUCGAAAAGACACAACGACAGGUGCACGUCAAGACGGAGAGGAAGGUCGCUGCCACGCCGAGGGGUGGUGCAAAGGGUGGUGAUGUGUUUGGGAUGUUGGAUGGAUUGGUGCCGAGUACGCCAGGGUCGGGCGGCAAGUUGAGCAGGACGCUUGCGACUGGGAGUGCGUUCAAGAGGAAGAUGGAGACUCCCAAAGGGCUGACGAGCUCACCAGCCACUGGAAUGAGCGAGCAGCUGAAGUCUAUGAACGGACUCCCACCUACGUCUUUCAACGAUCGAGCGAACCCCGGAGAAGUUGUCGAGAUCCUCAACGACCGCCUCGCCGCAGCCGAACCACCAAUUGCGCCCUUCUCCGAGCCGCGCGUAAAGCUCACUGCCGGUUCGGAUCAGAAGAAGCUCGGAUAUAAGCCAUUGGUGAUGAAGAUUUCAGAAACGAGCGAGAUUCUCGACGACCGGAUCGACAGCUUCAUGGCACUUAUCCAGGAACACCAUGGCCUUGAUGAAGCAGCCUUUGGCAGCGCCGCAGCCCAGAGCACCACCGAAGUUGUUGCUGUUGGCCGGAUUGCGUCAGAUUCAACAGAGGGAAAACUCAAUGCUGCGUCGUUGGUGUUUGAAAUGUCAAGACGAGCUGGAAUGGGUCUCAGAGUGCCCCUGAAGAUGGAUCACGUUCGCAGCUGGUGCUUCUUCCCUGGUCAGAUCGUGGCUCUUCGAGGCACCAAUGCCUCUGGGGCUGAAUUCGUCGUCAAGGAGAUUCUCGACAUCCCUCUACUCCCCAACGCUGCCUCUCUACCCUCUGCACUUGAGGGCCAUCGCGAACGACUCCGUGGUGGACCCGAUGCCAUGGAGGAGGAUGCAGAACCUACGCCCCUAAACGUCUUGUUCGCGUCUGGCCCAUACACGGCAGAUGAUAACCUCGACUUUGAGCCUCUCCACGCUUUGUGCACUCAAGCGGCUGACACUUAUGCCGAUGCGCUCGUCCUCACUGGCCCAUUCCUCGAUGUCGACCACCCCCUUAUCGCGACGGGUGACUUUGACCUCCCUGAGGAGGCCAAUUUUGACCCUGACACUGCUACCAUGACGACCGUCUUCAAGUAUCUCGUCUCGCCUGCUUUCAACCACCUCGUCUCCUCAAACCCUGCAAUCACCAUCAUUCUCGUUCCCUCUGUACGAGAUGUGCUAGCAAAGCACGUCUCGUGGCCCCAAGACUCAAUUCCUAAGAAAGAGCUCGGCCUGCCCAAGGCAGUCCGUAUCGUCACGAACCCCAUGACACUGUCAAUAAACGAGCUUGUGCUUGGUGUCUCUUCACAGGAUAUCCUCUCCCAGCUACGCUCUGAGGAGGUGGUCUCUCGUGGCGGUCCGCAACCUGGUGGUGACCUGAUGGAACGCCUUUGUCGCUACUUGGUUGAGCAGCGGCAUUACUUCCCCCUAUUCCCGCCUACAGAUCGCUCUAGGCUUCCCAAGACAGGCACGGAGGAGGGUAUUGCCACUGGCGCAGUGCUGGAUGUGAGCUAUCUCGAGUUGGGCGAGAUGGUCAAUGUGCGACCAGAUGUCAUGAUGGUUCCCAGCUUGCUACCUCCUUUCGCAAAGGUCGUUGAAAGUGUCCUUCUCAUCAACCCAGGUUACCUCUCCAAGCGUCGAGGCGCUGGUACAUACGCACGCAUGACGCUUCAUCCUCCGACAGUGCCCGAUGGUGGCAGCGAAGAGAUGACGGGCCAUCAAAUAUUCAACCGAGCUCGCGUUGAGAUUGUGAGGAUAUAG